AUGUCUAUCCAACCGCUGAUAACCUUCAAGGCGGGCCAGUGCGAACUCAUACGUGGCGAAGGCACUCAGCAGACUGUAAAGCCUGUGCGGACGCCUGGCUACGUUUACCUCUACCAAGGCGAAGAUGAAUUCGUCCACUUUUGCUGGCGGCCCCGCGACAACUCCCUCGAAGAUUCCGAACUCGACCUCAUCAUGAUCCCAGGCGAUGGUGCCUUCGUACCAUACACGGGCAAAGAGGCCGCCGAAGACUCGGAUAAUGUCAAGUCGCCAACCGAUGGCCGUAUAUUCGUCCUCAAGUUCAACUCGAGCUCACAACGCUACCUCUUCUGGUUACAAUCCAAGUCACAACAUCCUCGCGGCGACCCAAGCUGGUUUAGUGAGCGGGAUCAGAGGAUAGGUCAGAUUGUCGACUCACUAUUGAACGGAGAAGAGAUCGAUGUUCUCGGCGAGCUCGCAAGUGUGCAGAACCCAUCAGCAGGAAAUGACGAGGACGAGGCAAUGGAAGAUGCGGACGGUGCAGACCACUCCAACAAUCGCAACCGCCAUGGCAGCACUGGAGGUGCAGGGGCUGAUGCUACGGGUGGAGAUAUUCGGGAAGAAGGAGAAGAGUCACGCGAAGGUGGUGCUGAUGGUGGUCGAGCGUAG